ACUAAACAACAUAUAAUUAUUUCUUCCUUGUUAUUGUAAUACAAUAACAUCGUCAUCUUAAUUCAGUGAGUAGUUUUAAUCUUUUUUGUUUUUUUUUUCGUUUUUGAUACUCUUGUUACACUGUUAAAUUUUUUGUUUUUGUUGUUGUUGAUAACAGCAUUUCGUUUACUAAACUGUGUUAUAAUGUCGUGUUCAGUCAUUUGUUAAACCACGUGCGUUGUUCAAUUAAUUCUUCAAAAUCGUGAAAAUGGAAAGUGAUGAUAUACUUGUUUAUAAUAUAAUUCCGGGUUUGAGGAAAACCAGCAAAUUAUUACAUAUUCCAACAAAGGGACAAAUUUAUAAAUUUAAAUAUUCUCAAAAUAAUACAAAAUAUUAUAAUUGUUAUCAAAGUGGAUGUCCCGUCAAUAUUGCUGUGGAUUUGAACAAUGCAAUACAUUGCCGUAAAAAAAAAAAAUAAAAACUUAGUGCACAACCAUGAGGCCCAAUAUGAAUUUAUAAAGAAAUUAAAAUAAGAAUUGAUGAGAAUUGCAAAAAGGCUAAAGAGUCUGCUCAUUUGGUUGAAUUUGGGAAAAUGCGAAGGCAAUUAAUAAACAUAAAAUCUGAAGCCUUCCCAAAAGCACCUCAAAAUUUCCAUGACAUAAUUUCAAUUUUUGAAAACCCAGAAAUUAGCAAGAAUUAUACAAAUUCAAAUUAUGUCAAUGAUUUGCCAUUCUAUCGUGGUACGGUGAUUAAAGAGGAUUUCGGUUACUCAAUUUUUGUGUCCCCUACAAUGUGUAACUCAAUAAUGGAUAUGCCUACUAGCGAACCACGUCAUUAUUCAAUAGAUGGGACUUUUGGUGUAGUACCGAUAAGUAGUUCCAAUAGCUUUGAACAGCUGCUAAUAUUUCAUAUUGCUCAUAAUGAACAUACAUUUCCUUUUAUCUACAUUUUAAUGUCAAACAAGUCUUUGAAUGCAUAUAUCCAUGUACUACAAUACAUCCAAAGUAAUAUUUUUGACAUGAAGCCCACAACAUUCACCAAGGAUUUUGAGUAUGGCAUAAGAAAAGCAUUGUCACAGAUUUAUCCACAAACAUAAUUAAAGACAUGUUGGUUUCAUUUUACACAAGCAGUUCGAAGGAAUGCUUCAAAACUUCCAAAGUUCAUGUCGAAGUUAAAUAUUGUUUCGCAAAUUUCUAAUAUUACUGCUGUUAAAACCGAACGAUAUAUUAAUUGGAUAUCUAAUCUGAAAAAUAAGGCUUUGAGUUAUAAUUUAAAUAUCAUUUUUGGACAAUUCAUAGCAUAUUUCGAGAGACAGUGGAUUAAAAAGGAAUAUUUCAUAAAAUAUUUAACACUCCCGUUUUAAGAAAUAACAUAUGUAUGUACAUAUAUGACUUCUUUCUUUUUAGGAAGGCGCAACCAAAUUCUCCGUUUAUAACGAAUCCAUUAAAACUUAAAAACGAAACCAUUAAAAGCUUAAUAGAAUCGUUCCAUGCGCAAUUGGGUAAAUACCUUUCGAAAAACGGAAGUUUUUAUAAA